AUGCCGCCCGCACAACCCAAUCCGCCUGACGAUGCUACGGCACCUACUGUUCACCCACUCAUCCGAAAUGCGUUGCGCGUAUCCCUAAGUGCAAAGGAGUACAAAAUCCUCCACGAGCGCAUACUCAAACGAUCCUUGGCACUGAACAGUCGACUCCCAACUCCUGCUAAAUAUGAGAGCAUUGUGCGGACAUCGAACAAGUACAAUGUAGCUGCUAUGCGGGCGUCGCUGAGGGUGUUUCUGGGUGUCAGUGGUGGAUUGUCGUUGGUUGAGGCUGUGACUACAAGGCUUGAAAAGGGUGAUACUGGAACGAAAAAAGCACCACGCGAGCCUUUCCUCCGCUCACCAAAAUUCCGACUCGCGCUCUCCCUCUCCCUCGUCCUUCUCAUCCACCGCAUAUUAUACCGCUUCUUCGUCCGUCUACGCGCAAACCUCCGUACAGACGACGCAAGGCCCUUCAGAGAGCGUAACCCACGCUUCUCGCAAGCCCUAACCUCAAAAUAUGCUCCCGUCGUAGGCGCCAGUCUCGCCGGCGCCGCUUUGGGUGUUUGCCCGCAGAGCAAACUUCGCGUUACAGUCGCUAUCUACAUGGCUACUCGCAGUUUGGAGUUUUUGUAUAAUGCGCUCGGUGUGAAGGGAUAUUUGAAGUAUAAGCCAUGGUGGUUUGGGAGUUGGUUGUUGAUGCCCGUUUCGUGUGCGCAACUGUUUCAUGCGUUUGUGUUUGAUCGGGAGACUAUCCCUAAGUGGAUGGGUGAUUUGCUUCUGCGAUUUUCGUCGAGUUACAUCCCAGAUCGGCCUGAGCAUUUUCCGGCUGCUGUGUCUUGGCCUAGUCAGCAUGAUCUUGUUGAUUCCCUCGGCACAAUUGCUGAUUUGAGAUGGCCGGCAUUCAUCUCCCCCAUUCUACAUCCCAACAACCCUAAACCUCUUCCCAAGCAAAUCAACUCAAUCUCGACAUUGACUUCACCGGCCCAUCCAAACAUCGCCUCGUUGUCAUGUGCUGUACUUCAUCCCAGCACACCAAGCUGCAGCACCGCUUUCGUGUACCAUAUCCUGAAUUCUGCUCCUGCGUUAGUUCGGACUAUCACUCUCGCCGCCCUAGCCUUGUCAGCAGUCAGCUACAAAAGAACUCUUUCGAGCCCUUUAUCAUCAAUCAACAUAAUCUCGAAGCGAAUCCUCGGCUUGACAGCCAUUCUGUCUGCAUCAACCGGCUCCUUCUGGGGGAGUAUAUGCCUGCUAAAUAGCCUACUCCCUCGCUCAACUCUACCCACCAAACGAUUCUUCAUCAGCGGUGCAAUGGGUGGUUUACCAUUUGCCUUUGUCGAGCAAGGAAGAGGAGCAUUUACUUAUAUCUUCCGCUCAGCUAUCUAUUCGGCCUGGGCUACGGGUGUCAAACGGAGAUACUGGCGAGAAUGGAAGACGGGCGAAUUAGCCCUUAUCGUUGCGUCGUGGGCUUUACUUGGUGCUGUACUUGAGUGUUCGCCUGAGGCUGUUGAGGGUGCUGGAUUGAGAAAGGGACUUGCGUGGCUGAGAGGUGAUGGCUUUAUGGAUCCGGUAGAGGUUGCUUUGAAGAGGAAGAGGAGGGCGACGGUGACACAGAAAGACGCCGAGGAGAAGUCUGUUUAG